GCUAAUUUCCCACUAUUACCAGUGCAGGUCUGUGUCACCCUCUUUACAUCAUGCACCAUUCAUCUGCUGUGAUGAAAUGCAACCCCGUGUUUUAAAAAAAGACCUCUGUAACAGUGAGGAUACUAUAUCUUUGUGAGAAGUGUUUCACAUAUUUUCCAUGGGCACAAACUGCUCCUGCUUCUAUUUAAAUCUCUGUAGCUCUCUUCGCGGGACAUCAUUCACUUCAGGAAGUUCAUUCAGAAGGUGCUUAGCAUAAGAAGAGGAAAAGCCAGGAUGGCAGCAGACAGCGACAUGGCUACUGAAGAGAAGACGAGCACUACUCCUGCGAAAAGGGCUGUCCACAAGAUCCGAAUGGCCAGCCUAGUCUUCAGCCUGGCACGAGGUUGGCAGCAGUGGGCAUCUGACCACCACAUAAAGCAAGCUCAGGAGCCCUCUGGAUGGGUCCCCCCCAAAGCAGACUCAUCAGCUCAGCCUGUACAAGAAAGAUCCUUCGAAAAAUGGCCAAUUCCAUCUGUCAAGAGGGACCAAGGAAAAGAUGACGAAAAAUCCUCAGCAAAGGAAUCAGUGGCAAUAAGAGAUGCUGAAAAAAAUUCAAGGGAAUCAGAUGAAGCCCUCAAAAAGUUCAACAUUAAAAGCAAAGAAGUGACCAAAACAGUUGUAAGCAAAGCCUAUGAACGAGGAGGGGAUGUUAGCCUCCUCAGUGAAAGAUACGAGAAUAACGGUAGUAGCUCAGAGAUGACCAAGCUCAAAGAAGAAUCAAGUGCUAUUGACAAAAUUCUUAGUGGGAAAUUAUCUCCAACCAUAAAGAGAAAGUGUUCAAACGUGGUAUCAGAGCUGACCAAGGGCUGGAAACAGGUGGAACAAGAGGACAAAGAGGGGGCUAAGGAAGAACUGCCGCUGAAGUGUCAUGACAACAGCCUGGAUGCAGAGGACAGUGGCUAUGGGGAGGGAGAGGACAAACUCGAGCAAGACGACAGUGACCGAGAGGUGACAGCUGUGAGGAUUAAACGACCUGUGCCAUCUUUCACAAGCAGGUUCAGCGAAGAAGCCAGCGCCAAAGCCCACAGGAAAUACAGCCCCGUUAACAGCCUGAAGGACAGGUGGCAAGAAUGGGCCGACCACCACAUCACAACACAGAAGCUGAAUCCCUUCAGCGAGGAAUUUGACCAUGAGCUGGCCAUGUCCACACGCCUGCACAAAGGAGAUGAAGGCUAUGGUCGUCCAAAGGAAGGAACCAAAACUGCUGAAAGAGCCAAGAGAGCCGAGGCCCACAUCCACCGGGAGAUUAGAGACAUGUGCUUCAUCAUUGAAUCAAUGGCUAAGCCACGGCCCGACGGCAAGAUCCAAGUCACUUUUGGAGAACUCUUUGAGAGAUACGUUCGUAUUUCAGAUAAGGUUGUUGGGAUUCUCAUGAGAGCCAGGAAACAUGGGCUGGUGGACUUCGAGGGAGAAAUGUUGUGGCAAGGAAGGGAUGAUAAUGUCAUAAUUACUUUAUUAAAAUAGGCAUGCUACAACAAGAUUAACUCUUUUGGAAAAUCUUUCUCCACGUCUCCCUUGCUAUUAGCGUUUGCACAUUUUGAAUGCAAGAUUGUCCCCGUUCACCCACACAGAAAAGACAUUGAGCUUUCUUCUGAAUAUGUAUUUUAUAACUACUGCACGAUAACGUAAGCAUACAAACGGAUUUUUCUCUGUACCUGGAGGGCUCGCAGGACACUUCAAAUAAUUACCACAUGAAAAAUAAAGAGAAAAAUCUAUACUGAAUACAAGCAGCUGACUAUAAAAACCCAUAGCAAUAUAAGUAGUUACAAAUGAAUUCCAAUUUUAACUUGUUCUUACAGCCAAGAUCUUCUCAACUAUUUAAACUGGGAUAUCAGGAAUCCAAACCAGGCCAGAUCAGAAGGUGACUGACAACAUAAACUCAGACCAAGUUUUUGACCUGUGAAAGUGAUCCUGUGUGCAUAUUUCCUAAUUCAUUUAUUUAAAUGCAUGUAAAAAUAGUUUUAUUUGCACACAGAAUCAAGGAUACCACAUUUGUUUCUUUUACAAACAGGAUAUGCAAAUACUACUGCAGUAUUAUCUUGUGGCAACUAUUGAUACAACUUUCUUUUACAUAUCAUGUACAAACUGAGACAAAACCCUUCUUUUUAUAAAUGAGGUUUUUUUUAUUGAAUGUAUUUAUAUAACUAAUUUAUUAGAUAGUUUCAUAUUUAGAGUUAUGGAUGUUGGAGAGAAAACACCCAAUAGAAUGUAAUGCACAAAAGUGUUGUGAAUAGAUAUCCACAUAGAAAAUACCUCCUAUACAAGGGUGUGCAAUGUAUCUGUUUAUCUAUGUAAAUAUGGUUCUUAUAAGUUGAGGGGAAAAUAACGUAACAUAUAAAAACUAGUCAGGUGCCUGUACUAUUGUGAAUAGUUAAAAAGUGGCUACAAUCAGCAUCUUCCCCUGUGUACCUCCGUGAAAAAAUAUACAGAAACAGUGUUCAUAAAUCAACUAACUUUAAGGAAAACGGUGUUUCAGGUUACACAAAAACACUGGCCUAAUUUUACAGCAUUUGCUGUUUGAAGCAUUCUGAUAUCAUUGAAACGAUCUACUUCAAUCCAGGUGUGAUGCUGAAGAGGAGUAAAUGCUAAUGAACUAAUACUUCUAGGUCUUAAAACCGUGUUUGUAUUAAUGUGCAAAUCUGAGACCUCUGUAAGGUCUAUAAUGCUCACUAGAUUAUAUAGAUCCCUGUUUCUCUAAACUACUACUGUAAAAAAUAGCUAUCCUGGCAAAAAUGCGUUCCAUGUGAAAAGCAUUGGUUUCAGAGUAAGAUGCCUGGGCAAGUAAAUUGCAUAACAAAAAAGAAACGGGUUUAGUCCCCAUAAGAUUCUUUCAAACUGAAAGAGCAAAUAUCUUCUUACAGAAGAAAAGGUGUAUGAACCUGUCUCUGGGAUAAAACAAGUAUUGCUGUCUUAUUAUGAGUGCAAGUACUCCAGUUUGAGGCUCCAAUGAACACUUAAAUCAAAUAUUUUAUAAUAUUUAUUAUAUAUAUAAAAAAUAUAUAUUAUAAUAUUUACAAGAACUGAUUAUUAUGACAUUAUGUAAAUUAUUAAUAUUUUACGCACAGUUAUAUGUUGUGAACCUAAGGAAGAAAAAAACCAGAUGGAUUUAGUGGAACUUACUUAACGUUUUCUUGAGAUCCCUCAGACUACUCGAGUUGAUCUGCAAAACUGACCUCUAAGUGUAAUACUUAAAUAUCAGAAUAUGUACCUGUAUAUUCUUACCUUAUUCUUUACAUCUUUAUAUAAUGACUUUUACAGCUGUCUAAAUUGUCUUGAGGAAAUUUCAUUGUCAAAGGAAUACAUGAACUAUAAAUAAAACCCUUAACUGGU